UCCACAUCCGGCGCGGGCCUGCGGGUUCAGUGCUUGUCACCAUGUCGCUGUGCGAGCGAGCGGCUAGCGGGAGCUCUCUGCUCUGGCCUCGCGUGUUGCUCUUCGGGGACUCCAUCACGCAGUUUUCUUUCCAGCAGGGUGGAUGGGGCACAUUGCUGGCUGACAGACUAGUCAGAAAGUGUGACGUUCUGAAUCGUGGAUUUUCAGGUUACAACACCAGAUGGGCCAAGAUUAUCCUCCCGAGACUAAUCAGGAAAGGGCCUGGUGUGGAAAACCCGGUGGCAGUUACAAUUUUCUUUGGUGCUAAUGACUCUUCACUCAAAGAUGAGAACCCCAAACAGCAUGUCCCCUUGGAUGAAUACAGCACCAACCUGAGGGACAUGGUGCAGUACCUGAGGUCUGUGGGUGUCCCCAAGGAGCGAGUCAUUCUCAUCACGCCACCCCCGCUCUGUGAAGCGGCCUGGGAGAAGGAAUGCAUCCUGAAGGGUUGCAAAUUAAACCGCCUGAACUCAACUGUCGGUGAAUAUGCUAAGGUGUGUGUACAAGCAGCCGGGGACUGUGGGACUGAUGUCCUGGACCUGUGGACCCUGAUGCAGAAGGACAACCAGGACUUCUCACGCUAUUUAUCAGAUGGUCUGCAUUUAUCACCAAUGGGAAAUGAGUUUCUGUUCUUACACCUCUGGCCGCUGCUGGACAAGAAGGUCUCCUCUCUGCCAUGGCUGCUUCCUUACUGGAAGGAUGUGGAGGAAGCAAAGCCUGAGCUGAGUCUGCUGGGAGACGGAGACCAUUAGCCUGGGAAACGUUCCCAAAAAUGAGUGGCUCAUAGCAUUCACAUCCACCACCUCAAGCUGGUAAUCACAAACGCUCCAUGAACAUGUGCAUAACUCUGUUCAUAAUUCACAAACAUCAAGAGAUUGAUUAAAUGUUUUUUUCCAAGCUUAA